ACGGGAAGAUGAGAGAAGUGGACUCAUUGCCUCCACUAUGGAUGGGAAUAUCUACGAUCAGUUUGGGGAGACCAUUGACAGAAGGCUUGGAGGAGUGAGGGCUGAAGCCCAGCGAAGAGCGGCAGCUGGACCGCCACCCCCUGCCAUGUUCAGGCUAUGGCAGGAAAAGGAGGAACCACCGAUUGGGGUAGAGGAAGUGGGGAGCGAUGAGGAAAGGGCUCAAGGGCUACGAGGAGGAAGUAAGACGGAAGAACCCAUAAUCAUCGAGUCAGAUGACGAGGAUGAGGAGGAAAGAAUGGAGCCUCCGUCCGUCUUAUUUGGGAAGAUGGAGGACCUGCUGGAUAAGAUAGGGAGGUACCAACAGAAGUUGGUGGGCCUCUGUGAAGAAGUGAAGGGAAGGAGGUCUAACAUCCCUAAAGUGUUCCUCUAUGACUCCGGCCCGGAGUCGGCGCCUCGGCGACCCGGAGUAAAUGUGGUGGGAUUGUGCCCACAAUCGGGAAAGAGGGGGAGGUCCCUCACUCCGCAGGCCCGGCUGGCACAGGCAGCGAGAACGAGGAAUCAAGCCAAGGCCAGUGCCAGCCAAGAGCCUCCGAGGAGGGAACCCGAACCAGGGAGAAGGAAAGAGGCUGUGGAAGUAGAGGACGAUGAUGAUGAAGAGGAAGAGGACGAGAGGCUGCGCAAAAGAGUAAUUGACAGACUGCUGGAAGGGCAUAAUGACCUCAUGACCCUGAAGGAAAUCCUAGCGUCAACCCCGCGACUCCGCGAUGAACUGAAGGGGAGAUUUUCGAGGCGCCUGGUACCCAAUGUCCAUCUGGGUACGAUCUUGCCCAAGGAGGCUAAAUGGGCAGAGUCGGGGACGAAAAUGGACUGGAAGUGUGUAGCCUGCGGCACGGUGGAUUUGGUGGGGAAGGGUUCCAAGGGACGGAUCAAGCAGGGUUCCCAAAGGCGGUACAAGAUGGUAGAUAAGAAGUGCCGUCCGGUUCCUGUCCUCGUCACAGAAGACGAAGAAGCAUAUUACGAAAGAGAACGAGGGAUGAUACGGCGAAUGAGGGAGAGUGCUUUAGCAGGACCAUGUCGUAUCAACGAAGAGAAUGAAGGGGAGUUGAUUAUAGGGGAACCCAACUUCCUAUUGCCUCAAGAGCGAACAUUGGUGGUGGGAUUGAUGAAGAGGAGGCACCGCGCCUAUGCGUUUAGUGACGAGGAGCUUGGCAGGCUGGAUGUGGACAAGAUACCUAUGAUCCGCAUCCACACCGUGCCACACGAGCCUUGGAACAUGAGAGGGGCGCGAUACCCCAAUCCUGACGAGGAAAGGAAGGUGGUGGAUUACCUCGACGGCAAAAUACAUACGCACGUCGUCGACUAUUCUAGUGAACCAUAUGCGUCCCCGUGGUUUUGCUUCAUUAAGCCUAACGAGACGCUGCGAUGGCUGCAAGAUCUGCAGAGGUUAAAUGCGGUGACCGUGCGAGAUGCUGGAGGACUGCCAAAUGCGGAUGCUUUGUCGGAAUCCUGCCUCGACCAGUCAGGCUCGUUGAACUCGACAGGAAAUGUGGACGAAGUGCCCGAGAGCGAAGACGACGAGUUCGAGGAGGGGGAGAUUAAGGAGGUUUUUCGUGCAGAGGAGUACGACGGGAUCUACCUAGAGCUGGGGCUUCUUCUGUUAUGUGAAAUGCGGCUAAGGGAUGCAAGCGAUAAGACUCAGAGGAUGCUGCAGCGCUACUUAGUGCGAGACGACCACCUUUUCGUGAGAAGAGAAGUGGGGAAUCCCAGGCUGAUCGUCUGCGGCAGGUUCGAGGAGCCCAUUGCCAGGAUUCGUAGGGAGGCGACGACGAGGCAGGAGGUGGAGAUGAGGAUGGAGGAGUUGCGAUCCUCGCCUGUGGGACCAAAUUGCAGGCCGAUCCGCCUGGAGAUUGGAAAUGCGUCGGACUUCAUCCCCGCGUUUGAGUGGUUCAUGCAGGGGAAGGGCAUACCGAGAGAUGAUUGGAUGCAGACGCUACCACUCUGGACCAGGAAGGCGGAAAGGCCACUGGCUAUGCAGAUCAGGGACAUGGCACGAGAUUGGGAGAGCUGCAGGGCACAUCUGAGAGAAGCCUUUCGACGGCCUGAGCCCCCUCAGCCGAGAGUUGAGAGGCGUCAGAGGAGUCAGAGGCAGAGGGACCCUGAGCCCAGGGAGGCGAGACCAUCUCGAGGAGGACGGAAGGCCCUAGCCAGGAGAGAGGAGGAGCCAGAGCAGGAGCCAGAGGCUGAGGAGCGAGGGGUGUACCGGUUGGGACCGGUGGAGUUCCAUCGAGAGGCAGAGGUUGGAGGCAGCGGGGGAGCUUCCGGAGCAGCAGCAGGAGAGGCGAGAUCGGAGGCAGCAGGAGCACUCCAAGGUCAGCCACCCGGCGUGCCAGCUAAGGCCGCGGAGAUCCCUGAGAUAUGGAGGGACUUCUGGGAGCAAAGAGGAGAGGAGCUUCCAUUGCCAGUCAGAGCUGGGUUUGGGGUGGCCGGGAAGGCGGAAGAGAGGUUAGAUCGUAAAAGCAAGUUCUUGGCCAAGACCACUUUUGAUCGGCACUUGUUAUUGGAGAGCGAUCUGGCAGGGAAAAAGAUGAAGGAAGCAAGCCAUGGAGUACGCCUGGAGGCUAUGGAGAUGGAAAUCCAGGAACUCAGGGCAUUGGUGGCCAGCCAGGCAGCUAUCAUUGAGAGCCUGAGGCAGCAAGCCCAGGGAAAGGUGGAUAAGCCAGAGAGCAGCAGGCAGGGAGAGCAGAGGCAGCCUGGACAGGGAUUGCCAGGACAACCAUCUGCGGCAGAGCCUCACCAGGAGUCACCUAUGGCAAGAGUUAUCCUGGAUCCAGAGGAGGCGAGAGCCCAGAGACAGACAGAGAGAGAGGCGUUCGAGUUUAGAGCCCCUACUGAGCUCGCGACGCUGCCAGUAGCAGCGACAGACCCAGUCGUACCUUUGGCGAUUGAGGAGGGGUUACCGCCAUCUAGCAGUGAGCCGGCUCAGGGGUCAACAGAGGGAUCCAUGGGCAUACUCCUUGAGGCAGUGCAUACCAUGCAGGAGGAGGUGAGUUUGUUUUUACCCGAGCAGAGGAUAGAGGAGCCGCUUGAGMAAGAGAUGGGGAUUGAGGCGGAGGGUGUCAUCGAGAGCAGGCUCCAGAGGAUGGGCACACCUGAGUAUGGACCAGAGGAGAUUGAGGAGCAGCCCACGGCAGUGCCAGGAGAGAUACUCGAGAGGAGACCUCAGAGGUUGGACACGCCUGAGUACGUCCCAGCGACAGGGGAUUUGAGGAGCAGACUGGGAUCUUGGGCUACUGGAUCUGGGUCUGGGGGACCGGUAUCUGGGACAGAGCAGCAAGAGGUCGUUAGUACCGCAACUCCUCGAUCAGAGCAGCAUGAGGUUGUCAGUACCUUGGUAGGAUCUCCUUCAUCGCCACCUCCUCAACCCAGGAAGAAGAAGUUCAAAAGGAAGGUAGAUCAUCUAUGUUUCUAUUGCAAGAGGGACGUGCAUCAUGCUCUGGACUGUCUAGAGUUCCUUGAAGAUAAGGCAACAGGGAAGGUCUCAGAGGUAGGAGGUAAGAUGUAUGAUAGACAGGGUUGGAUAGUAGAGAAGUCCGCAGAUGGACUUAGGACUCAAUUAUAUAGGCAAAACCAGGAGGAGUUGAGGAGAUAGUGCCGAUUUGUCUAUAUAGGUGGGCGAGUAUCUUGUGAGGCAUCAGCUUAGGGUCUGUGUGAUACCCUUUUAGACUUAGAGGA